AUGCGUCCUCUCCGCUUCCUGCUGCUCCUGGUGUUUUUCAUUGCCCUGCCUAUAGUAUUGACUUGCUGGUCAAUAUUCUCUGCCUCCGACGGCAGCGCCGCUGAUUCCUUCCAUGCCGGAUACACCACCAGAUCGAGUCGCCUGCGAGCCCUGUUUUCCUUCUCGACCCCCUCCUCCCUAUUCCCGCCUUCCGCUGUCAUCAGUCUAACGAACGACAAUUCGACUUUCUUUUUGGCUAGGCCCGCUGCUUUCGGCCCUAGUCUGCCAUCGAGAGGCCUCAGUGGCCAACUAUGGGUUGGAAAGGGAUUUGGAGAUGAUGCUCUGCUGAAAGAGGAGAACAUUCAUAUUGUUGGGUGGGAGUUGGGCUGUUCCGAUGUACCAGGGUGGGGCGAGGAAAUCUCAAAACGAAUACAACAUCUCCCGUCGGUCGACAAGAGCCAGGGGAGAUCCAAAGAGCCUCGAAAUCUUGAAAAGCAUGCACAGCAGGAUGAAGCCGAUCGUGAUGUACUCACGUCUGUGGACGCUCUGCCGCCGGCUGAUGACGGCACUGAUGACUAUCUACACCAUCCACUGCCCGAUUCGAACCCUGCCACUCCUGCUCAGCCAGGAGAGCCUGCAAAUAUUGACCCUUCAGACAAACCCAAGAAGGCUACACACGCUGAUAUUGAGUCUUUGCAAGAAAGCGCAGAUAUUGCAGGGAAAAUCGUGAUGUUAAGCCGAGGAGGCUGUGGAUUUUUGGAGAAGGUCAAAUGGACGCAACGUCGUGGCGGCGUUGCCCUUAUUGUUGGAGAUAAUGAACGAGGAGGACAACUGACGAUAAUGUACGCCAAAGGCGACACAUCAAACGUGACGAUCCCUGCGGUGUUCACCUCAUACACUUCGGCCCAUCUGCUUUCCUCUCUCGUCCCGCCAGAAUCGGGGGAGGACGAGGAAGGUGCAGUGAAGGGGUCCGACAAACCUUCGAAAGGCUCACUAAACUCGGACAAGAGUGCAAACCAAAAGCAGCAGGCCGGCAAGCCAGUUUUCACUUCAACCAAGCCAGGCACGCGAAAACCGACUAUUGUGCCGGCUGGAGGGACUGGAAGCAACCCUGCUGAUGAAGACAACAAUUGGGUGAAUAAUGUGCUGUCCAAGAUAGGCCUGAGCGAAAGUUCUCCUUUCUCACAUGCUGAGGACAGCCGCCGACCGCCUAGCAGUGGCAACAUAGACUGGGUCCUAGUGGAAGACUGGGACGAUGAGAUCUCUCCAAAGGCUAUAAACAAAGCCAACACGGCAUCCAAUGUCGCUACCAUGUCGACAUCCGCAUUGAAGGCCAAAUCUACAACCUCCAAGCGAGCUGGAGGAGACGAUUUUGUGAUAGGUGUUCAAGAUUGGCGAGAUACUGACCUUGUGGCCCCCAAACCUACAACUGGCUCAAGCGAAGCUACUUCGAAGGCAAAGAAUGGAAAAGAAGCUCCCGGUGAUACACCUAAUUCUGUAAAAACCUCGACUGACCCAGAGGCGACCUUGAAAGGCGGCAGCAUCACUCCUGGAAGCGGCGAGUAUGACCACGAGAAGUCCGAUCCACCGAGUCGCUUCCACCGAGGAAGUGGGCAAGCAAGACAGCAAUCAGAUACCGCCAGCAAUCGUCAUGGGAACGCCCCCGCUAGGGGUUCGUGGCUUGAUAUUUUCAGAUCGCAAGCAUCUGCGAAAGAAGGUUCCCAGAGAGGAGAGUCUGAAGGCGAGAAGGAAACUAAAGAUCAAAAGGAGAAGAACCUCCUCAAGCCAUUGCACGAAGGAGACGAGGCAUACCCAGGGUUGUGGGUGACUCUAACGCCCACCAGUGUGUCCACGAGUCCGUUCUUCGACACUCUCCUUGUGCUCGUCGUUAGCCCUCUUGUCACUUUGACGGUCGUAUAUGGAAUGUUGCUCCUUCGCUCACGAAUUCGACGAAGGAGGUGGCGAGCACCCAAAUCUGUCGUUGAGCGAUUACCAGUGCGUACGUAUCAUACGAUCUCUGCGGCUUCAUCCACCACUUCAUCGCAUGUGGCGUCGCCUGAUAGCUCUUCGCCAACAUCCCCGCUGCUGAUGUCGACAACACAAAACGUCUCCCAGAGACCUCGACCUCGCUCCCAAACUACCAAUGGCAUCUUUCCCAGUUUGAGUCCGGAUAGCUCGCCACAGUUUAGGAGUCCGACAGAGAAGCAAGCAACCAAGUUUACGAAGCGGAAGCGAUACACAGGCCGGCAGGUUGAGUGCGUUGUCUGUCUUGAGGAAUAUGUCGAUGGUGAAAGCCAAGUUAUGUCCCUUCCCUGCGGCCACGAAUUCCAUGCCGAGUGUAUCACACCCUGGCUCGUGAAUCGUCGUCGCACAUGCCCAAUAUGCAAAGGCGAUGUGGUCAGGAGCUUAGCCCAUGCGAAUCUAGCACGGUUUGACGAUGCGCCGAUGGAAGGUGAGCAGACGAGUGACGACGUCCAAGAUCGUGUUGCGCAGACCAGCAACGAAGAGCCCAGUGCCGCGAUUCCUAUCCCUGCUGGAGGCCGAGAUGGCGAGAUUCACGGAGCUGUUGACGAAGAUAUUGAGCGGGGUCACGAUAUUGAUGCCCCUUUACUGGGCGAGUCUUUAGCAGGCCAGCAACAAAACCCGGCACGACAGUCUGUGUGGAGGAAUCUCAGUGCAAGCGUCAGCCGUCUAAGUGGCGACACGCUCUGGAGGCAGACCCCGGUUGAUCGGAAUCGAUGA